UCAGAUUCUGUGUUUCCCUCUCACUCUGCCCCUCCCCCACUCGCACUCUGUCUCUCUGUCUCAAAAAUAAAUAAACAUUAAAAAAAUUAAAAACAAAAAAGAUUAGAACAGAAAUAAAUGAUACAGAAACUAAAAAAACAGUAGAACAGAUCAAUGAAACCAGGAGCUGGUCCUUUGAAAAGAUCAACAAAAUUGUAAAUUUCUAGCCAGAUUCAUUAAAAAAAGAAGAAAAAAGAGGACUCCAGCAAAAUCAGAAAUGAAAAAGGAGAAAUAACAACCAACACCACAGAAAUACAAAGAAUUAUAAGAGAAUAUUACAAAAAAUUAUAUGCCAACAAACUUGUCAACCAAAAGAAGUGAAUAAACUCCUACAAACAUAUAACCUCCAGAAAUGGAAUUGGGAAGAAACAGAAAAUUUGAACCAACUGAUUAUAAGCAAUUCAAUUGAAUUGAAUCAGUAAUCAGAAAACUCUUAAACAAAAGCCCAGGACCAGAUGGUUUCACAGGCACAUUCUACUAAACAUUUAAAGAGAGUUAGUAUCUAUUCUUCUCAAACUUUUCCCAAAAAUAGAAGAGGAAGAAGAAGGAAAACUUCCAAAUUCAUUCUGUAAGGCCAGUAUUACUUUGGUACCAAAACCAGAUAAAGAUACUACCAAAAAAAUAUAUAGGCCAGUAUCUCCGAUGAACAUACAUGUAAAAAUUCUCAAUAAAAUAUUAGCAAACCAAAUCCCACAAUACAUUAAAAAAAUUAUUCACCCCAGUCAGGUAGGAUUUAUUCCAGAGAUGCAAGGGUGGUUCAAUAUUUGCAAAUCAAUCAACGUGAUAUAUUACAUUAGUAAGAGGAAGGUUAAAAACCACAUGAUCAUUUCAGUAGGCGCAAAGUACAACAUCCAUUUGUGAUAAAAACCCUCAACAAAGUAGGUUUUGAAGGAGCAUACAUCACCAUAAUGAAGGCCCUGUAUGAAAAACCCACAGGGAAAAACAGAGCUUUUCUGCCAAGGUUAGUGGACAAGGAUGUCCACUCACAGCUUAUUCAGCAUAGUAUUUGCAGAUCCUAGCUGCAGCAAUCACACAACAAAAAGAAAUAAAAGGCAUCCACAUCAGCAAGGAAGAAGUAAAGCUUUUACUAUUUUCAGAUGGCAUGACACUAUAUAUAUAAAAUGGAGAUUUCACCAAAACACUACUAGAACUGAUAAUGGAAUUCAGUAAAGUUGAAAGAUACAAAAUGUGCAGAAAUCUGUUGUAUUUCUAUACACUAAUGAAGCAGCAAAAAGAAAAAUUAAGAAAAUCCCAUUUACAAAUGCACCAAAAAUAAUAAAAUACUUAGGAAUAAGCAUAACCAAGGGGUGAAAGACCCAUACUCUGAAAACUAUAAACAUUGAUGAAAGAAAUUGAAGGCGACACAAAGAAAUGGAAAGACAUUCCAUGCUCUUGGAUUGGAAGAACAAAUACUGUUUUUUCUUAAUAUUUAUGUAUUUAUUUUGAGAGAGAGAGUAUGUACACAUACAUGUGCAGAGAGAGAGAGAGAAUCCCAGGCAGACUCUGUGCUGACACAGGGUUUGAUCCCCCAAACUGAGAUCAUGACUUGAGCUGAUAUCAAGAGUCGGAUGCUUUAACGGACUGGAGCCACCCAGGCGCCCCAGAACAAAUCUUGUUAAAAUGUCCAUACUACCCCAUACAAUCUACAGGUUUAAUGCAAUUCCUAUCAAUAUACCAACAGAAUUUUUCACAGAACUAGAACAAACAGGCCUCACAUUUGUAUGGAACCAUAAAAGACCCUGAAUAGCCAAAGCAAUCUUGAAAUAGAAAAAUAAAGUUGGAGAUAAUCACAGUUCCAGAUUUCAUGCUAUACUACAAAGCUGUAGUAAUCAAAAGAGUAUGGUACUGAUGCAAAAACAGACACACAGAUCAAUGGAACAGCAUAGAAAGCUCAGAAAUACACCCACGACUGUAUGGUCAAUUCCUUGACAAAGGAGGCAAAACUAUGCAAUGGGAAAAAGACAGUCCCUUUAGCAAAUAGUGUAGGGAAAACUGUAGGUAUAUGCAAAAGAAUGAAACUAGAUCACUUUCUUAACCAUGCAUGAAAAUAAACUCAAAAUGGAUCAAGGACCUAAAUGUGAGACCUGAAACCAUAAAGAUCCUAGAAGAGAGCAUAAUUUCUCUUACAUUGGCCAUAGCAACAUCUUUCUAGAUAGGUCUCCUGAGACAAGAGAAACAAAAGUAAAAAUAAGCUACUGGGACUACAUCCGAAUAAAAACUUUUUGUUUUUUAUUGUUUCAAAGGAAACAACCAACAAAACUGAUAGACAACAUACUGAAUGAGAGAAGAUAUUUGCAAAUGACAUCUGUUAAAGGGUAUAUGGAGCUGCCAUCCAGUUUUAUGAACCUUAUUCUCGGGAACUUCUGACAGAGAAACAGCUUAUGCAGCUGGGCCUCUUGACCCCCGUGGAGAGAAAAGUAGUCUCCAAAUCCAUCAAUUCAAACAAAUGCAUUUGUUUACUCUCACACUGGCCUUUUUUUGAAGCUUUUAGAAAAUUUCUCAUGUUUAUCUACAAACUUUCUGUGUCUGGACCACAUCCUCUUCCCAUUGAAAAGCAUAUUUCACACUUCAUGCAAAACAUCCCUUUUCCUUCAGCACAAAGACCAAGAAUCCUUGUACAGCUUUCAGUCCAUGAUGCAUUAAUAUUAUCACAGCCAGUUUCUACACCUUUACCAUUAAGUGGAGCCAACUUUAGCACCUUGUUAAUGAAUCUGGGUCCUGAGAAUUGUGCAACACUGCUGCUCUUUGUUUUACUUGAGAGUAAGAUUCUGCUACAUUCUCUUAGGCCAGCUGUGUUGACUGGAGUAGCUGAAGCUGUUGUAGCUAUGAUCUUUCCAUUUCAGUGGCAGUGCCCGUACAUUCCCCUUUGUCCUCUGUCACUGGCGGCAGUCCUUAGUGCACCUUUACCAUUUAUAGUUGGAGUUGACUCCAGGUAUUUUGAUCUUCAUGACCCACCACAAGAUGUUGUUUGCAUUGACUUGGAUACAAACAUGUUAUAUGUAUCAGAUGAAAAGAAGAACAUGAAUUGGAAGCAGCUUCCCAAAAAGCCAUGCAAAAAUCUGCUUAGUACCUUAAAGAAGUUGUAUCCCCAGCUAUCUUCAGGUGAAUUUCACCGAAAAACUCAGGAAAGUUCAGCAAUUGAGAUGACUCCAAUUGAAGCAGAUUUCUCUUGGCAAAAAAAGAUGACACAACUUGAAAUGGAAAUUCAAGAGGCAUUUUUGCGUUUUAUGGCAUCCAUUUUAAAAGGAUAUAGAACAUAUCUCAGACCGAUCACAGAGGCUCCUUCAAAUAAAGCCACAGCUGUUGAUUCAUUGUUUGACAGACAGGGAUUUUUAAAAAGUCGAGAUCGUGCCUAUACAAAAUUCUACACCAACUUAUCCAAAACACAGAUUUUUAUUCGUUUCAUUGAAGAAUGUAGUUUUGUAAGUGAUAAAGAUACUGGAUUGGCAUUUUUUGAUGACUGCAUAGAAAAGUUGUUUCCUGAUAAAGGCACAGAGAAAACAGAUAAGGUUGAUUUUGAUUUAGCUGAAGAUACCAAAUUGAUAGAGCUAGAUGAUUCACAGAAAAGUGAGCACACUGUAUUCAUAAUGCCACCAGAGCCACCUCCUGAUGAUGGAAAGGAUCUGUCACCAAAGUACAGUUACAAAUACUUUCCAAGACUGGACCUUAAGCUUUUUGACAGACCACAGGAGUUGAAAUUUUGUUUUAGUAGACACCCUACUGGGAAUAGCAUUACAAACAGUCCAGCUCUCAUGGCUAAGAGAACUAAACAGGAGAUAAAAACGGCUCAUAAGUUGGCGAAGAGAUGUUACACAAAUCCACCACAAUGGGCCAAGUGUCUCUUCAGUCAUUGUUACAGCUUAUGGUUUAUUUGUCUCCCAGCCUAUGUUAGAGUUUCUCAUCCUAAGGUCAGAGCACUUCAGCAGGCAUAUGAUGUACUUAUUAAGAUGAGGAAAACAGAUGUGGAUCCACUAGAUGAGGUGUGCUAUCGAGUAGUAAUGCAGCUUUGUGGACUUUGGGCUCAUCCUGUUUUAGCAGUGAGAGUCUUAUUUGAAAUGAAAACUGCUAAGAUAAAGCCAAAUGCUAUUACUUAUGGUUAUUAUAAUAAGGUAGUUUUGGAGAGCCCGUGGCCUAGCAGUACCCGCAGUGGUAUCUUCUUAUGGAUGAAGGUACGGAAUGUGGUACGUGGCUUGGCACAAUUUAGGCAGCCGCUUAAAAAGACUGUGCAAAAGUCACAGGUCUCCUCAAUAUCAGCUCCUCAGAAUGCGACAGGUGGAAGUGAUGGGGACACGGUGAGCCACGGUAGCGUGGAUAGUUCUAAUGAUGCUAACAAUGGGGAGCACACAGUCUUCGUCAGAGAUUUAAUCAGGCUUGAUUCCACUGAUAAUCACUUUAGCACAGGUGGUCAGUCUGACCAAGGCUAUGGGUCUAAGGAUGAACUUAUAAAGGAUGACGCAGAAAUUCAUAUGCCUGAAGAACAAGUAGCAAGAGAAUUGAUAACUAAAACAAAAGUGCAAACAGAAGAAGUGUGUGAUGUCUCUGCUGUUGUAGCAAAACAGUCACAACCUAGUGCAGAGUCACAGAGUCCUACUGAGCCUCCUGCAUGGGGCAGCAGUAUUGUGAAAGUUCCAUCUGGUAUAUUCGAUCUCAAUGGCAGGAAAAGCAGCACUGGUAGUACAUCAAAUGUACCAUUUUCUACUCAAGAUCCAGUUGAAGAUGCAGUCUUUGGUGAAGUUACUAAUCCCAAGAAGAAUGGUGAUAGAGGAGAUAAAAGGCAAAAGCAUUUCCCAGAGAGGAGUUGUAGUUUCAGUUCUGAAAGUCGAGCUGGAAUGUUGCUUAAGAAGAGCAGUUUGGAUCUGAAUUCAAGUGAAGUGGCUAUUAUGAUGGGAGCAGAUGCCAAGAUUCUCACAGCCGCACUGGCCUGUCCUAAGACUUCUCCACUCUGUGUUGCGAGCACCCACAGCUUUGAGACUGCUAACAGUUGUCAUCUAGUUGAUACUAGGACUCGGGUGUCUGAAAGCACUUGGGAUUCCGAGCACAGAUCUUCUUCGGUAUUAGAGAUGCUUGAAGAGAGCCAAGAGCUCCUGGAACCUGUGAUUGAGGACAGUGCAGCGAAAACUACUAUGAAAAAGGACACAUGUGACAGUCUCCAGAAUGAUAGUAAUCAGCCCAGAGACUUGAAAAUAGAACCCAAAGAUGUAAUAAAUAAGAGGAGUAGUUUACAUGGUGUUGUUAAAGCUGUUGAGAGGGAGGAUGUUGAAACUGGACUAGAUCCUUUGUCUCUUUUGGCCACUGAAUGUACUGGAGUAAAAUCUCAAGAUUCUGAAGAUAAGAUGUCUUCUCCAGUUAUUGCACGCAAUCUGGCUGAUGAAAUUGAAAGCUAUAUGAACCUAAAGAGUCCUUUGGGUAGCAAGUCUGCUAGUAUGGAAUUACACGGAGAGGGAAGCAGAGAGUCUGGCACCAUCACUGCAUGUAUUCACUCUCUAGAGAGGCGAUCAAGCCUACCUUUAGAGCACGGUCCGGCAGCACAGGAAGUUCCUGAAAGUGAAAAGAGCUCUCCUGCAGAAUCUAGGUCUAAAGCUUUCACUGGGCGUUUCAAGCAGCAGACUCCCUCUCGCGCUCACAAAGAACGUUCACCUUCUCUGUCAGCACUAGUGCGGUCUUCACCACAUGGCUCGCUGGGCUCUGUGGUAAACUCUUUGUCAGGACUAAAGCUAGAUAAUAUACUCUCAGGACCCAAGAUCGAUGUCCUCAAAUCUGGCAUGAAACAAGCAGCUACGGUAGCCAGUAAGAUGUGGGUAGCUGUAGCGUCUGCCUAUAGCUACUCAGAUGAUGAGGAGGAAACUAACAGAGAUUACAGCUUCCCCGCUGGCCUUGAAGACCAUAUUUUGGGGGAGAAUAUGUCACCUAACACGAGUGUCUCAGGGUUGGUUCCCAGCGAACUUACCCAGAGCAACACAAGCCUUGGCAGUAGCAGCAGCAGUGGAGAUGUAGGAAAACUGCAAUACUCAACAGGUGAACCUCCAUUUCCAAGAAGUGUAAAAGGGCAGGACUUUGAAAAAUCAGACCAUGGUUCUUCUCAAAACACCAGCAUGUCUAGCAUCUAUCAGAAUUGUGCAAUGGAGGUUUUGAUGUCAAGUUGUUCACAAUGCAGAGCUUGUGGAGCGUUAGUUUAUGAUGAAGAAAUUAUGGCUGGAUGGACGGCAGAUGAUUCAAAUUUGAAUACAACCUGUCCAUUCUGUAAAAGCAACUUCUUGCCUCUUCUCAAUAUAGAAUUUAAAGACUUGAGAGGCUCUGCAAGCUUUUUCCUGAAACCAAGCACCUCUGGUGACAGUUUACAAAGUGGCAGCAUUCCAUUGGCAAGCGAACCUUCAGAGCACAAACCUGUGUCCGCUUCAGCAGAACCUGACUUGAUCAACUUUAUGGAUUUCCCCAAACAAAACCAGACCAUAACUGAAGAGACAACCUCUGCAAUUGAAUCAAGUGAUGAAAUAAAGAAAGCCGGUGGAGAAGUCCAAACCAUGAAAAUUUCAUCUGUGCCUAAUAGUUUAUCAAAGCGAAAUGUAUCUUUGACGCGAAGUCACAGUGUUGGGGGUCCCUUGCAAAAUAUUGACUUUUCCCAGCGACCGUUUCAUGGCAUUUCAACAGUCAGUCUUCCCAACAGUCUGCAGGAAGUUGUGGAUCCUUUAGGAAAAAGACCCAAUCCUCCCCCUGUUUCUGUGCCCUACUUGAGUCCUCUAGUGCUUCGUAAAGAACUUGAAUCUUUGCUAGAAAAUGAAGGUGAUCAAGUGAUUCACACAUCCUCUUUCAUCAAUAAACAUCCAAUCAUUUUCUGGAACCUCGUUUGGUAUUUCAGACGUUUGGACCUUCCUAGUAACUUGCCAGGACUUAUCCUCACAUCUGAACAUUGUAAUGGAGGUGUACAGCUUCCUCUGUCAUCUCUGUCCCAGGAUAGCAAACUUGUGUAUAUUCAGCUAUUAUGGGAUAAUAUCAACCUUCAUCAGGAACCAGGAGAACCUUUGUAUGUCUCAUGGAGGAAUUUUAAUUCUGAAAAGAAAUUGUCUCUUCUGUCAGAGGAACAAGAAGCAACAAGCACUUUAGUAGAAACCAUCAGGCAGAGUAUUCAACAUAAUGAUGUUCUGAAACCCAUCAACCUACUUUCACAGCUAAUAAAGCCAGACAUGAAAAGACAAAGGAGUUUAUACCGAGAAAUCCUCUUCUUAUCAUUAGUGUCUCUUGGAAGAGAGAAUAUUGAUAUUGAGGCUUUCGACAAUGAAUAUGGACUUGCAUACAAUAAUUUGUCUUCAGAGAUUCUUGAGAAGUUACAGAAAAUUGAUGCUCCACCAAGUAUCAGUGUGGAAUGGUGCAGGAAGUGUUUUGGAGCGCCUCUCAUUUAAGUAGAUUUUUUGAUGCACAAAGCUUGAGGGUAAAUAGAUUCAGUUGGCAAACAUGUAAGGUUUGUUCCAAAUGCUAACGAUUGAUGAAAGUGAAAUGAAGUUAACUCUUGGGACAGUAUAUAAUGAAAUGUAGCUUAUACUGAAUCCUCUUGCAACAUAAAAAUGCCAUUAAAAUGUCCCAGGGUUCAUGUCUGAAGGUUUGCAACUUCUAAAUGGUUUUAUCUGCCUCCGCUUGAAAACUGUUUUUUGGAUUUCUCAGUGUAUGUAGGUUGAUGAGAAAUAUUAAUUCUUGGCAUUUUGUUUAUAUUUGAAGCUACUGGGUUUGGGGAGUAGUUUAAUGUAAACUUGCCUAACCCCCAAAUGAAAUCUCAAUUAUAAGAGCAACUAUUUGUGUAUGUGUGUAUAUGUGUGGCUGUGUAGGUAUCUGUAUGUACAGCCAUAUUAUAUUUAUUAAAAUUCUUAGACUGCAUGUUGCAAUACAGUUCUCUGAAAGGGGUCUGCAGCUAUUAAAUGACUACUACUAAACUCCUCUGUAGUCAUUAAUCAAAAUUACCUUAAAGUCUGAUGACAACCGCCUUGCCUCUAUUUCUUCAUCCAUAUUAUGUAUUUUCUUCCUUAAUGGAUUAUCUUGAAUAUCCACAUUACUUUUCAUCCUCUUCCCAAUACCAUUAAUUUGCAACAGCUUUAAGAUUGGAAUAAAUGAGCCAAUCAUGUAGUUUAAAUGAAAUUAAAUCAGCCUCAUAAUUUACAAAAUUGGAAUAGGUUUAAAAUGCUCCUCUUUCUUCUUUGAACCUGAAAUUGUUCAGGUACAUGAAUUGUUGCUAUUGGUCACUUUUAAAAACCUGUGGGAUAAACUUGCACUGCACACAGAAAUUUUAUUCUUGUAUAAUAGAUUUCUAUGCUUAUUAUUUGUGCAUUUGUAAAUACUGUUUUUUAGGAUCGAUCAAUAAGUCUUAAAACGUUAAAGCUUAUUAGGCUUGUUGCCAGUAGGUUCAAGAAAAUCAUGACCUCACAUACCUGACAUUUAUCAUGUCUUUCAUUAAAAAUGUCCCUUAGGAAUAGUAAUGUUUGCCUUAACUCUGCAUGGUUUAAAAAGCCAAUGGUUGAUAUGUGUGCUUUUAUAGUAAUUAUGCGGAUGACUAGAUCAACUGAUUAAAAAAUUAUUUCCAUUACAAAUCUCCCACCUGGUGUAAUCUUUAAGAACUUGUUACUGUACCAGUCUUCCAACAUUUCAGGGUUAAUCUGACCUAUGCAGAUUUCAUUUCAAUUUAUUGUGAAAGUGCUAAGUGGAAGAACUUGUCAGAAAUUAUGCACAACUCUCAUUACCUUAAAGCGGAUUGUUUGCACUGUCUCAGAGUAUAUAUUUUUGCAAUUUAACACUGCCCCAUCAAGUUUGGAAUUACCUUGCAAAUAAAAACCCCAGGUUGAAUAAAAUGAAAAAUUCUUAAGCUUGCUGUGCUGUUCUGUCACAUCUUCAAAGCUCCUGAAAUGUGGACAAUUCUAACCCUUUUGACUUUUAGAAUUCCAGUACUGUUUAAGCCUUAACUUGAACUAAAUUACCCCAAAAGCACUUCCUACUAAGAAGUGUAAUGAACAUCUCCUUACACAUUUAAGAUUUGGCCAUAUUUGUACCAAAGUAUGCAUCUUCUAGUAACUUUCUGUAACAUUCUAAAUGACUCAUCCAUUUUAUAUUGGAAACCUUAGCCUGCUGCUGUCAAGAAAUAGGGAUCAAUUUACUAAAAGCACAUAAAGGCCUUUUCUAGCACCUACCAUAGAAAGUGGACCACUACAAACUGCAAAGGAGAACCAAAAAGCCAGAUAUACAAUUAUUAUCCAUAGAUUUAGAGAUGUUUACAAUGAGUUGUAGCAAUGUAUAAAACUUAAAAGCCUGAGAACUUCUGCAAAUAAUCUUUCAAAUUAGUGCAGAUUGUUUUUUAACAUUACCUAAAUGCUAAACCUUUAACAUAUGGAGUGGACAGUCUGAUACAACUUUAGCUGCAUUUUGUAGGUUAAUUAUAGCAACCCGCUUUGUUAGGGUUAACUGUGUUUAGUAAGCAGAAUAUAAGCAUAAAAAAGUCUCUUUUAAUAUUUGGAUAUUCAAUUGUUGCUCUUUUCAUUUUUUGGUGCAAACUAGAAAUGCAGGAUACAACAUUCUUAAUGUUGAAAUAUUCUCCAACAUCCUCUUUUAAAAAGUUCUCAAUCUUAAAUCUGCUGGGAUUAAUGAGCUAGAAUAGUCUAACCCAAGUAUUAUCUGUCCACUUUAGUGACUGUACUCCUUAAUAUGAGAAAGCAGGGUGAUGGUUCUCAUGUUUCAUACAUUGGAAUCAACCAAGUACUGGUUAAUACAAACUCUGGGCUGUAUACCAGACUUGACUUCUGGCCUUUAUGUGACCCCCCCCCCCCCCCCCCGCCAUGACUGCAGUGUUACUCCUUUUUGGUUUGGGUCAUUUUAAAAUGCUUCAUUUUCCUUUUCUGCCUUUUUAGUUUGACUUCAAUUUACAAAAUAUCAAUUGCCAAUCAAGACUUCCCCUUUUAUGUAACAUUUUAGUACCCUGUAUGAAGAGCAAUGGGGAUCUCACUUUUGCCUAAGAAUCUUCUAUGUGGUCCAGUCAAGGGGAUGGCAUUACUGGUAUUAGCCUGAAUCUUGCAAGUAAUGUAGAACCUCAGGCCCCAAACUUCUGAAUCACUGCACAUUUUGUGAAGCACUGCUCCUCUCUGUUAAAAACAGUUUGAAAAUUUUACUCACCUGUGGUUAAAAAAGUAUAAUCCAGCAAAUAAGGAACUCCUGUUCUUCACCCUUAAAGCCUAACGUGCCUUUUAAUGAUCCUUCUAGUCUGUAAAAGGUUGGUUCUAACUGCAAUUACUACAGAAACUAGACAGGCUACAUUAGAAAAAGCAUGCUACUUUCUCUUUGUGCAUCUUUCAUUGAUGCAAAGAGUGUUUCUUAAAGGCACACUGAAACCAUAAAAAGGAUGAACAUAACAAUUCACUAGAGGUGAAAAGCUUUUUGUUAAUACAACUUGCACUGGUUUUAAAAGCUUUGUGAACUGUUUUAAAAUGGUAUCCGUUAACUAUGCUUUUAACAAGGUAUCUUUUUUUUACUUACGUAUGACAAAUGUCCAUCUUCAUAAGGGCACUUUUCAUGUAUUAUGUAUAGAUCUUUAAAACUGUAUUCUUCAAAAUAAAGUAUACAAAAGAUUAA